GCAGGAAAUGACAUCACGCCGCCGAAACAGCACUUUGCACAGCCAGAACUGUGAAACUCGAAAACGAGGAGCAGAUGUGUUUGAGGGGACAAAAAAAAAAGGCAGUUUUGGUGUGAGAAGAAACAAUGUCAGGAGGAUGUGAAGAGAGUCAAAGCGGAGCUUCGCUUUUCUUCUCCAACCCUCUGAUGAGCGAUGUGGAAGCAGACUGGACUCCGGUUCACGAUGCCGCAGCCAACGGACGCACGCAGACGCUGCGAAGGCUCGUUGCUCAGGGCGCGUGCGUGAACCUGAACACUUUGGACCGGGUCACUCCGCUCCACGGCGCAUGCGUACGAGGCCACGCAGCCUCCGUCAAGAUCCUCCUGCAACAUGGCGCUAAUGUAAACAGUUCGACGUUAGAUGGGAAAACGGCAUUGUCGGAAGCGUGCGGCCAGGGUCACGUGACCUGCGUGUCGCUGCUCCUUCAGCACGGAGCGGACCCUCUGGGGGGUGACCGGGCCAGCUCCCCGAUGCACGUGGCCGCAGCCAAAGGUUACCCGGAGUGCAUCGAGUCUCUCGCGCAGCACGGCGCCGACGUGGAUCACAAUUUAGAUCAAUUGGGCACCCCGCUCCAUAUCGCCUGCUUUAAUCAGCAGCUGACUUGUGUGAAGAAACUGCUUCAACUUGGCGCGAGCGCAAACAUCGACGCAUCCGGCGAGUCUCCCCUGCACGUCGCCGCUCGUGCGUCCUGUCCAGAGACGGUCUCGCUCCUGCUGGAGCACGGGGCCGACGCCUCUCCGCAGAACCCGGAGGGCAAACGGCCCGCGGACCUGGCGGCUCCCGACGGCGCCGUGGAGAAGCUGCUCAUGCAAAGCGGAGGAGUCGCCUCGCUGAUGCACCUGUGCCGCCUUCACAUCAGGACCGCUUUAGGCAAGCACAGACUGCGCUACAUCCCUCGCCUCCAUCUCCCCAUGCUACUCAAAAACUAUCUUCUCUGGAAAGCUUAAGCAUUUUACUCAUGUCCUGGAUGCAGUGGCAGGUUGGGGGGGGAGGUUACGUGCCCCAUAUCAUUGCCUCCCUACACGUUACUACUAAAGAAGGCAAAACUGUACACUAGUUCAACGGCAGGUUACGAGUACUACUGAUGAAAUGCUAGACAUCAAAUUCUAUCAUUCUUUAUCAGGGGUCACCAGCAUGGUAUCCCACAAGGAGAACUUAAAAGUGCCUACGAGGGAUGAAACAGCUCACAAAUUGUUUGCACUUUAAAUCUUGAAUCUGACACAUUUUCUUAUAAAACAAGGUAUUUAUAAGUAUAAGCUUUGUUACUUUGGAAGUUUGCCGUAAACAGGCCAUGGAGCCCGUCAUACGAUCGGUGCUCGCCAAGUAGCACUCACCCUCCAAAAGUUUGGUGAUCCAUUUUAUAUGGCUAACCGGUAGAAUUCACUAACAGUACUGGUGGGGCUACGCUACCCUGAGAACGCCGGAUGUCGUCAGAUCUCGGAAGCUAAGCGGGUUUGGCCCUGGUUAGUACUUGGAUGGGAGACCGCCUGGGAAUACCAAGUGCUAUAAACUUCUCUCUCCGGCUAAAAGCAGAAGGGUUGCGUCAGGAAGGGCCAAAAAAAAAAAAAAAAUGGCUUCAUCUAAGAUGACACUCUGUGGCGACCCCUAACAGGACAAGCCGCAAGGAAAAGAAUAAGACUAGUAGUGCACAUUGUCGCCUAGUGUAGUUUAACCUUACAACAAAUGUAUAUUGUAGUUGUCCUACAAAACUAGUGAUGGGUGUUUUAGUGCUACUUGUAGGGUCCAGGUGCCUACUAGUGUGUGGCACUUGGCACAGUAUUUUACCACAUAGUACAAUUCGGGACUAGUUGGCCAAGAUUACUACUACGACAUAUUUUACACUAGUGUGCUGAAUUGUCUGACUGGUAAGGACAAAUAGCACACUAGUACCUGGACAUUCAGAAGAACAUCAAGGUUAAAAUGCUCAAACUGCAGUUGUUCUUUUUGCCAACAGAGGGCACGCUCGCAUAAUACUUGAGCGCAAACUUGACUGAAAGGAGACUGAACUGCUAUUCAAAGUCACGUGAAGGUCAGCAUCGAGGCCCUCAUCUGCACCAUGUUGUAUUCAUGAGCUGGCACACAUCUUUUUUUUUUUUUUUUCAUGUUGUUGUUGCUUUCAUCUCCUCUCAUUGGUGUUCCAAAUGGAUUUUUGUUCUUUUUGCCUGCCUCACCAGGCUCGCGUGAGCCUUUCAAGCUGUAGUUGCAUAUUCUAGACAGCAAAGAUUAUGCCAGAAGUGCUGUGCUUUUAUACAAAAGCUGGAAUUUAUAAUCAAAUUUUGAUUAAAACAAAAAAACAACUUGGUUGUAAUAUUGUUUCAAGGCCUUGGAUGACUUCAUGAAUAAUUAAAAUGCUUAGCAGCUAGCCAGGUCU